AUAAAACCUGGACUUUCAACGAGUCCUUCAAUGAAAACAGUGUCCGAUUUUGUGUUUAACUUUUUUUUUUUUUAUCAAGAAAGUUGUGAGAAUUAGCGCUAUCUUUUCAUGCAGUCAUGUGGCGUUACCGUUAACGGCAUUAACUCUGUCCUCUAUUGUAGCUCAGUCUCCAUGGUAACAGGCACAGCACUCUUGUAAUGCUGCUGUCUAGCUAUGCUAACAACUUCUCACUAACGAGUGAAUGGAGAUGCAAUGAGGAUAAAGUUUAUUUUUUAUUUGUUUAUAAUUUUUUAAGAAACUAGCAUCGUGUUUAGUUCAUGUUAUUAAACUAUUCGGUCAGUGUUAUGGCUAGUUCAGCGGGUAACCAGCAACCUAACUAGAUUAGAUAAAUACGCUAUUUAGUUCAGCUAGCUAACUAAGUGUCCAAAGUGAAUAAGUGACCUAAAGCGAUUAUAGACUGUUAUAAGAUAUUUAUACUAAAUUAAAGCAAAGUGACACAAGUGACUUGCAGCAGGUUGUGCUAGCAUGGUGAAUAUUCACAGUGGAAACAGCUACUUUCGGAGCUCUGUGUUGUUAAAGCGAGCUCUUUUGGAUAGCUAGCUAGCUAACAGCAGUACAGAGGAACCUGUACAGACAAAUUCCGCUGGUUUAACUGGUAAGUAUGAAGCGGAUAAGUGAUUCCCACAGAGCCUGGUCUGUGGAGAGACUGAAGGUGUCCAGCAGAAUGUUGAGUUCAGCUUCUCCUCCUGGCCUGGGUCAGACAGCAGCGAGUGAAGAUGAGCUCAGUGAUGACGGUGAAAUAAAAUGCACAGGAACACGAUACAUCACAGAAGAUUUUAUUAAGAAGUUGACCAAGCAAGACAAUUUGUCCCUUGUGCGCUGCUUGAAUCUGUCCACCACUCAUGGGGAUAAAUGCUUCAAGUUCAUUGAGAACUUGGACAAUUGUGAGCGUCUUCAUAUUCUCAACCUUAGUAACAACAUCAUUGAAAAACUUGAGAAAAUGGAGAGGCUUCAUCAACUGCGCGAGCUGCACCUUUCCAAUAACAGAAUAAGGAAAAUAGAAGGCCUAGAGCAAAUGGCAAACCUACAGAUUCUGAAUCUGUCUAACAACAGCAUUGAACACGUGCCACUGUGGUUGGGGAAAAAGCUCAGAUCCCUUCAGAAGCUAAACCUCCAGAAAAACAAGAUAUUUUCUCUUCAUGAGCUCGCCAAACUGAAGCAUCUAAAAAGUCUCACAGAGCUGAUGUUAGCAGAGAACCCUGUAUCUGACCUUCCCCACUACCGCCUCUUCUUAGUCUUCCAUCUGAGAUCAUUGGAGUUUCUGGAUGGGCAGCCAAUCAGCGAACAGGAGCGAGUGAAAGCAUAUCAGCGCUUUCACACUGAGGAGCUAGAGCGUCUAGAGCAAGAGCUGGAAGAAAGAGGAGCAGAGAUUGAGCGACUGCAGGAGGAGAAAACUGCAGCAUUAAAAGAGUUGGAGAAUCAAGAGCAGCUCCAGCAAAGCCUGAGGAGGCAAAGCCAGGAGCAACAGUCACGACAGGAAGAGCUUGAAAUGGAGCUGGACACAAAGUCGGAACUGCCAAUUUCCUCUUCACUUCUUCCUACUUUCCCUAGAGGUCUGUCAGCCACCCUAAAGCCUCAAUUACCCGUUCUCCUGCUGGAUUCUUUCUGCAAGCUAAAGCAGAAGACCUCAGAGCUGACUCGGGCCUGCCAGAAACAGUAUGAGCUUGAGCAAGAGCUGGCUUUUCAUAAGAUAGAUGCAAAGUUUGACCCACUUCCUUUUUAUCCUAAUCAUGACCAGGAUGGGAAUGUGCUCUGUGAGAGUCCGUACAUUGGAAAAGCCCGACACAAAAGGAACACAUUUACAUCAGACAGUACAGAUACAGGGGACAGGAAUCUGGCCACAGGGGGUCUCACACAUACAGGCAAAGUAGAAGAGGAGGAAUCUAGGCAUGACUUGGAAAGAGAUGCUGUGACUGUAGCAGAGGAGCAGCUACAGCGGCUGCGUAAGGAGAUGGAGUACACAGAGCAACAGAUCCUGAGAGCCACCGAUGAGCUGCAACAACUAGAAGAGGCGGCAUCUCAAAAACGAAUUUCAGAAGCAGAGAAGGACCAUCUUAGACAACAGCUGCAGCUGAAGAUCCAGAUGCUGAGCGAGAUGCGGCAGGAGGCAGAGACCCUGGAGAAGCAGCUGGACAGGCAGAGCUCUGAGCUCAGUGUAGCUCAAGCGGAGUUGGACCAACUCCAGAGCUUACUGCACACUUUGAAUCCAGAAGACAUCAGACACGCUCAUGUGAAGGCUCAGCUGGCCAGUAAGAGUCAGCUGCUUUCCAUCAUGAGUAAGAAACAGCACGAGUUGGAAGGCCGGCUAGAUGACAUGCUCAGUCGCAUUGCCAAGGAGACACAAGAAAUCAAAGAUCUAGAACAGCAGCUUACUGAGGGUCAGAUAGCAGCUAAUGAAGCAUUAAAGAAGGAUCUAGAGGGCAUAAUCUCCGGACUGCAGGACUACCUGCAUGGGGUGAAGGAUCAAGCUCGACAGGCCGAAUCUGACUGCCUGCGCCUGCAGAAGGAGAAUGACACUCUACAGCAGCUCGUCUGGGACAAAGACCAACAGCUCAGCCGACUGCAGCAAGUUGCUCAGAUAUGUGAAAACACAAAGGAGGAGUUGCUGCAGCACCAGAAGGAGUUGCAGACUCUGCGGAGGGAGAACUCAGAGCUGAAGGAGGCUCAAGGUCAUGUCAGUGCCUAUGAAGCUGAUUUGGAGGCCGAGCUGCAAGAGAAAGACUGUAAGGUCAGCCACCUGGAAGAGGAGCUGAGUCGAUUGCACCGGCUUAGUCAGCUAGAGCAUUCUGCACUGCAGACGGAGCUGCAGAAGGAGAGACAGGCUAAGGAGAAUGCACUGGCUCAGCUACAGCUAGCUGCAGAGAGAGAGCUGGAGAACGCUGAUCUCCUGCAACAGCUCAACACGCUGCAGAGGGAGAAAGGUUCCCUAAUGGAGAAAGUCCGUGUCUUGCAAAAAGACUUGCAGCAAAUCAAGAGGGAACUGCUGUGCCCUAAACAAGUGGCCAGGAGUUUGCAGGGGCUAAAGAGAAUCAUUGCCACAGGGUCAGGUGAACUAAGCAGAGUGACUGGUGACGGAGAUAUGCUGAGCGAAAGCUUGGCUGAACUGCAGGAAGAGCUGCACCGCACAGUUUCUGCUGCUUUGAGAGACCGAGAUGCGGCCCAGAGUGCUCAGGAUAGGCUGGAACAUGAGCUGGGCAUGCUCAGAAACAGGCUUGCACACUAUCAGCAGAAAUACCAGAGCGCAUGUGAAGAAGCCCAACAGGCCAGGGCAGCAGAGAGGCGUGAGGAGGAGGCUGAGCUCCUCCAGCUGAGGCAAGAGCUGCAGGAGGCACAGGAGCAGCAGUAUCUGACACUACAGCGUCUCCAAGAAGCAGAGAGUGAGAGAAAUCGUCUAUUCUUGGAGUUAGGGAAGCAAGACAAACAGGUAAAGGCCGAGGAGACUCAUACACAAGAACAGCUACAGUCCUUAGAGUUGGAGUUAAGAGAGCUUAGGAGAUCCUUCACUAUUGCUGAUCAGCUGGCUGCCGAUCAGCUGAGUGCUGCCAAAGAUAAGCUUCGCUCACUCCACAGCACAGUGCAGAGAAUCAGUCAGGAGAGAGCAGAGGAUGCAGAGGAGCUAGAAGAAUCCAGGAUACAGGCUGCUCAAGCCAUGCAAGAUCUAACAAAGGCAGAGGCAGAAAUACAGGAUCUACAGAAGCUGCUUCAAGACAGGGUUCCUCUAUCAGACACAGAUAGCCUUAGUGUCCCAGACCCCAAAUUUCAACAGCAGGAGUUAGCCAGGCUGAGCCGAGUUUUAAAAAGCCAACAGGUUCAGACUAAACAUCUUCGAGAUCAGCUGGCUCAGGCACUGGAAGAGAACAGUGGAAACCUGGAUGAGCUGAUUGAGGAAAUAGAAGCUCUUAGAGAUACUCUGCUGCAGCAGAGCAAUUACCUGUCCAGUUUUGUACGUACUACACAUGGCAGUGGAUGCUGGUACUACGUUCCACCAUAUCAAAGUCACCAGAGUCUUGGUUCUCAGACUACACAGGACUCUGGCCUGGGUUCUCAGUAUGUUCCAUCACCUGAAAGAGGCAAACGUUCCAGAAGCCAGCAGCACAAAGAGACAAGACCUUCUUCCAGCUCGGGAUACUGGGUUUAUUCACCCCACCAACAUGACCCACACAAUUAUCGGAAAAGAGAGUCUUCAUACACAAACAGCAAUGGUGAGAGCGAUGAGGAAGGUGUUAGUGGAACUCAUUUCACCCCCCCACCAGGCUCAAUCAUCUAUACUGUGCCCCCUGAUGGCACUCAUCUUCCCCCAGGCAUGGUCAUUUACGCCCCUCCUGUACCAGGCCUAGCCGUGGGGCCUGGUGCAGUGUUUUAUGGCCCUCCGCCUGAAGGGGUCAGACUGGUUUAUGGCCCUCCUCCCAGUGGUCUACAUAUCCCUCUAAUCCCUAAUGGCACGCUACACUGCAAUGUGCCUGGUCAUCUGGAUAUGACACACUCUUCUAGAGUGACAGACAGUUUGUCAAGGGAGGAACAGUCAGAAAGAGUGGCAAGUAAGCGGGACCUACUCAGGCUGGAGGAACAGAGGUCAGAGUUGCAGAUGGAGCUUAAAGAGCUGCGGAGAGCUGUGAGCCGAAUUCAGCGCCACAAGAGGCUAUUGGAAAGUUCAGUAAGUCAUGCAGAAGAGGACACUGUAAUGGACGAGGUGGAAUGUCUGGGGAAAACUCUCUCCAAACGCAGGACUCAGCUACGAGAGGUAGAACGCCUCCUGUCAGAGGCUGAAGCAGAUCUGAAGGAUACCAGAACUAAGACCAAAGACACUCUGCAGUGCUACAAUGAAGCUAAGAAGAAGUUAAAAGAGACAGAAUGUGAGCUUGAGGAGAUUAAACAGCAAACCCAGGAUAGCACCCGACAGCUCACACACACCAAACAACAAAUCCGGGAUCUUCAAGAAGAGGUAAAAGAUCUGCAAACAUGUAAGCAGGAUCAGGAGAGCACACUAAAACAGGUGGAAAAGGCGAUUGAAGCUCGAGAUGCAGAGUUCCAUGAAGUCAACAGAAAUCUGAAGAGGGUAAACACUAAAAUGGAGGACAUGCAGAAAGAGCUGAGAGAGGCACAGUACCAGGAGGCUAAUCUUUUUAUGGGCUACAGAGACUCUGAGGAUAUUCUAUACACCCGCAGAAAAGAGCUGGAGCAUCUAAACACCCAGGUGCUGCUGCAGAAGGAACAGCUGUCUUUACUGGGCAGGAAGCUAGAGCAGUGGAGGGAAGAGGAGGGCAUUGUCAGGGCAAAUGUGGAAAAGCACAGGCAGAGCCUGGUGGAGGUGCUGAGGCAGGGAGAAGAGGACGCACACCGUCUGCAGCAACACAUUAAGGAGCUGCGUGAGGAUGUGCAGUCUCUGGCUGCACAAAAGGGGGAGCUGGACUCCCAGCUCUCAGAGAGGAGACGAAGACAGGCUCAGUAUAAAAGGGAAGAGAAGAAAAUUCACGAGAAAAUGCAGAAUCAGCGUGCAGUCAUCAACAAGCACAAAGCAGAGCUGAAGCAGGUCCUGGACAUGAUCCAACUGGAGAGUGUGGAGCUAGAGAGAGUGAAGGUUCAACACAACCAGAAACUGGACCAGCUGGAGAAGAGCCAGGAGACUUUGCUACAGGUGCGUCUGGAACUGCAGGAGGUGGAGAAGGAGGUGCAGGAGCAACAGACUGAGCGGGAGAGACAUAGGAGGCUACAGGAGCAGGAGAUCCUCACACUGAAAGAGCAGACUAAUGCCGCAGCCAUAGAGAGGAGCAGCCUGCUGGAGCAGUGCACCAACCUGGAGGCCCGCCGCUCACAUGCUCAGAGAUGUCAGGAAACAGCAGAGGAGGGGGUGAGAAAAGCAGAGGCAGAGUUGCUGAAACUGCAGGCAGAGCUGGCUAAGCUGAAGCUGGAGCACAGACAUGCCCAAAGUAUCCGAGAAGAGGUCAACAGAGAUGCUGCCACAACCCAGAAACAACUAGAAGAGAAAUCUAAGGAUCUGAAUAAACUAAAGGAAGAUAUUGCACACUCAACAGUUCAGCUAGAGAAAAUUAAAAAGGAGGUAGAAGAUGCUCAGCGAGAGCGGGAUGAAUUUGUGAAGCAGCAGCAGCACCAGAAGGCUGUGAUGCAGGACAAAAUCCAGAGGAGACAACAACGAAUAGACAAAUUGGAGCAGCAGCUGAAGGAGAUUGAGGCAUCUGUGGAAAAGAAGGAGAUGCAGUUUGAGCGACAGGAGGAGCGCCUGAUGAUCCAACAGCAGCAGAGUUCAGAGCUGGAGGAGCUACAGAGACAGCAGCAGCAGAAGUUGCAGGCUCAGCUACAGGCUCUAGAGGAAGCUCUGUCGAAGCGAGUGGAGAAGAUGGAGCAGGUCACGGUUGCUGUGGAAACGCUAGAAGAGCAGAGACGCUUCCUGCUGGCAGAUCAGCAGCAGUGUGCUUUACUGCAGGACAGAGUGGCACAGCUGGAACAAGAGCUGGUUGAGAGUGAGGCCAGGCUAUGUGCCAGUGCAGAGGAGCAAAGAGAAACAAGGGAGGAACUUGAAACCUGCCGCUCUGACAUCCAGAUUCUUCAAGGUACUCUUGCCACCGAGAGGGAGCGUGCAGAUAAACUACAGCAGGCUGAGCUCUGGAGUCAGGGAGAGGAGGACGGUCAUAUGCAAGACAUUAAAGAUACUGCGCGCUCGCUGAGAGCUGAAGUGCAAGCAGAGCUGGACAGUGGUUUGAAAGAGCUAGAGCUGCAGCCCAUGACCACUUCAGACAUGGACAGUGACGAGGAGAACCACACAUCCGCAGCACUGAACACUGGGAAAGCGGCCUCCAGCAGCAGAGACGAGCAGUGGCGAGGAGAAGUGCUGAGAGAAAAGCUGAGGCAGCAUGAAGAUAACCUGAAGGCACAGCUGCGCAGGUGCAUGUUCUCUCAGCAGGAGGCACUGAGUCUGCGCAGGCAGCAGACGGAGGGGAGCAUCCAGGGCCUGCGCCGACGAGUAGACAAACUGGACCAGCUACUGACCAAGUCAGGCCAGGAUUUCCAUUACAGUGGUGACUCCAACGUCCUCCCCAAAUAUAUGUGUUCAGACACAGAAAGAUGGCGGCCGCGGAGGGAGAGAGAUCACUCCUUAAGCCCCAUUAGGCAGUACCUCACCGUUCCUGAGAAAGACCAACCUGACAUGCUGAGCCAAGUGCACUGAAGCCAAAACCUUCUCUCUGGUUGCUACUGAAGCCAAGUCGCAGUGUGAAGGAGAUUCCCAGCUGUCAUCCUGCAGCAGUCAUGCUGUGUUGAGACACGCUCUGUGACUACAUGAGGAGCUGAAAUAUAUAAAGGUGCAAAUUUUCUGCUUUUUUUUUUUUUUUUUUAGGUUUAUUACCUCAGAGCCAAAAAGAGUCUUUUUUUUUUUUUUUGCUUGAGAGAAAUUAUUUGACUUUUUUUUUACAAAUAAUUUUAACAUUUUUGAUAACAUUUUUUGAUCUACUGCGCCUCAUGUCAGUGGUAUACGUGACUGGAGGUUUAAUGCCUUUUUCACCUCCCUGUACAAACGUUUUGAUAAAGUCCGCUCUUUUUACCACGAACUAAAAUAUUUAUUACAGCACUUACAAUUUUUUUUUAUACAUCACUGUUCCUCACAUUUUUACAAUUGUGUGCAAUAAAAGUCAUUUUAAUCUAG